AUGUGGAUUUUACCGCGGAGAGCUCCAUGGUCAAUUCGAGGUCUUCGAUCACUGUCCUCAUCACUGGGUUUAGGCUCCUAUUUUGAACCCAAUUCCAGUGAUCAGGUUUACUCCAACAACCGGAGGAUAGGCCAGUUUGUGAAAUCUGGGGACUUGAACAAUGCACUCAAGGUGUUCGACGAAAUGCCUCAGUAUGAUGUUGUUACCUAUAACUUGCUUGUUUCAGCGCACGGUCGGGUUGGACAGCGAGAGGAAGCGUUUCAGCUAUAUGCUGAUAUGGUUUCACAGGGAAUUAGGGAGAGUGCAUCGACGUUUCCUUGUGUGUUGGGGAGUUGUAGUGAUGGAGUGCAAGGGGUUCAAGUUCAUUGCAGGGCGGUGUCGCUUGGGUUUAGCUUGAAUGUGUAUGUGGGGAGCUCCCUGUUAAACUUUUACUUGCGUGUGGGGCAAGAAAAUGUGGCUAUGAAGGUGUUUGAUGAGUUGGUGGAGAGAAAUUUGGCUGUGUGGAAUUUGAUGUUGAGGGGGUUUUGUGAGCUGGGUCGAGUGGGGGAGUUGUUUGGGAUGUAUUGUAGGAUGAAGUUGGAUGGUGUGGUUCCGAAUGGGCUUAGUUAUUGUUAUUGGAUUCGUGCGUGUAGUAAUGGGAAGCUUUUGGAUGAAGGAAAGCAGCUGCAUUGUCAUGUUGUGAAGGAGGGAUGGUUGGGGUCGAAUGUGUUUGUGGACAAUGCUCUGGUGGAUUUGUACUCUGCUUGUGGGAGUUUGAUUGAUGCAAGAGAAGCAUUUGAAGUGAUUCGAGUGCAGGAUGUGAUUUCUUGGAAUUCAAUUAUUUGGGUCUAUACUGAAAAUGGUUUGCUGCUUGAUGCUCUUGAGUUAUUUGCUAGGAUGCAGUUUUGGGGGAAGAGGCCGUCCAUUCGUUCGUUUGUUGGGUUUUUGAAUUUGGCUAGUAGGACUCGGAAUAUUCAACUUGGGAAGCAGAUACAUUCUUAUGUUGUGAGGUCAGGUUUUGAUCAUGGUGCGAGUUUUCAUGUUCAAUCUGCUCUGAUAGAUAUGUAUGGGAAAUGCGGCGACAUUGAGAGUUCAGUGUGCAUGUAUGAAGAUGGUCAUGAACACAAUUUGGAGAGUUGCAAUUCAUUAAUGACAUCGUUGUUGCACUGUGGUGUUAUUGAGGAUGUUGUGGAGAUGUUUGGUUUGAUAGUUGAUGAGGGAAUUGGUUUUGAUGAAGUUACUCUUUCUACAACCCUGAAAGCCUUAUCAUUAUCUGUAUUGGCAAGUUUAGGCAGCUGCAGAUUGCUGCACUGUUGUGCAGUGAAAUCAGGUUUUGAAUCUGAUAUUGCAGUUUCAUGUUCACUAAUCGAAGCAUAUGGGAGAUGUGGUCAUGUUAAGCUUUCCCGCCAGGUUUUUGAUGAACUCCCUUCACCAAAUGUCAUCUGUUUUACAUCAAUUAUCCAUGGAUAUGCCCGAAAUGGAAUGGGAAGUGAAUGUCUUCAAUUGGUUCAAGAUAUGGUGGAGAAGGGUUUGAAACCUGAUAAAGUGACAGUGCUGUGCGUGUUAAGUGGGUGCAGCCAUUCAGGUCUGGUUGAAGAAGCAAAAUUGCUCUUCAAUUCAAUGGAAAUACUAUAUGGGGUUUCCCCGGACCGAAAGCAUUAUUCUUGCAUGGUUGAUCUUUUAGGCCGGGCAGGUUUGCUGGAGGAAGCUGAAGAGCUGCUACAACAGGCACCCGGAGAAGGCGACUGUGUGAUGUGGAGCUCAUUGUUGAGAAGUUGUAUGGUACACAAGAAUGAAACAGUAGGAAGGCGGACAGUAAAAACUUUGUUGAAGCUUGAGGGAGAGGACCCUGCAAUAUUAUUGCAAGCUUCAAACUUUUAUUCUGAAAUCCGCGAGUUUGACACCGCAAUGCAAAUCCGAGAAUUUGCAAUAGCACAGCAAGUAACAAGGGACAUAGGUCACAGCCUGGUUGAGGUAUACAGCCACAGUCACCAUUAGCUUCUUGAACUGAUGGAACCAGCUCACCAAAUUGUUGAUCGACCCCGGUGCCUCAG